UGAAAGACAUUGUGUUUUUAUUUUUGUAUUAUUCUAGACUGCCAGAUUGACUACUACCAGUAGUCAGUUCGGAACUAGUUACUGGUAACUAGUAAUCGAACUAGUAGUAACUAAUACGGGUAAUCGAAGGGUAGUCGAGUUGGGAACUAGUUGCUGGCUUUCUACUGGAAACUAGUUCGGAACUACCUCCUGAGCAACUAGCUACGGGUAAUCGAAUAGUAACCGAGCGGGAGCCAGGGGUGGUUCCGCCCUAGGAUAUGCAUGCGUUAAAUUCUCCGCUGAAAUACAUUGCACUUCAUAUUGCUACUGCACUUCACAGGUCCAAAGCAUCCAACGAAAAUGCGCCUACUUCCAGCAACACGUCCAGCAGCUUUUCAGAUAAUUCAAACGAUGAAUUUAAAAUGGAUCUAUGUACAGCGUUGAUUGCGGCAAAUAUACCAUGGAAUGUGCUUAGUAAUGGUACAUUUAAUAAUUUUCUGAAAAAAUACACCGGGCAACAAAUUCCUGAUGAGAGUACUCUCAAAAAGAACUACUUGGAUAAAACCUACCAACAAUCUAUCCAAAAAAUUCGCGAAAGUAUAAAAGACGAAAACGUUUGGAUAUCAGUGGACGAAACUACGGAUAAGCAAGGGCGAUAUGUCGCAAAUUUGAUUAUAAGAACAUUAAGCGAAAAGGAAUCUUCAUCCUCAUUUUUAUUGUCCUGUAAACAGUUGGAAGAAGUAAAUAAUGCAACUGUUUCUCGAUUUGUGAACGACAGCAUUCGUAUAUUGUGGCCUCACGGGAAUGAGUUAAAAGUUUUGUUACUCUUAACUGAUACUGCGGCAUAUAUGAUAAAAGCUGGUAAAAAUUUAAAGGUUUUUUAUCCGAAUCUCAUACAUAUAACUUGUUUAGCACAUGGAUUAAAUUUAAUAGCUGAAAAAGUAAGAACAUCGUUUCAUGUCGCUAACUCGUUUAUAUCCUGUGUGAAAAAAAUUUUCAUAAAAGCUCCGCUCAGAGUACGACGCUACAAACAAAUACUCAAUAAGGAGUUACCACCAGAACCGAUCAUAACCAGAUGGGGUACAUGGUUGAAGGCGGCAUCAUUUUAUGCAGAUAACAUGGAGGGAAUAAAAGAGGUUCUUGAAACACUGAACCCAGAAGAUGCUGAAUCCAUUAAGCUGGCGAGGGAGCUGAUAGAAAAUCCACAACUACAUCAAGAAUUUAUAUGUAUAUAUAAAAUCCCACUUCGAGAGAGUUGCCGAAAUAAUAACAGCAUUGGAAGCGAAGGGGCUACCAUUAGAAACGUCAAUGGACUUAUUCAAGGAAGCUGAAAAUAUUGUCUAUAACAUAACUGGUGAUUUUGGAAUGGAUUUAAAAAAGAAAUUUGAAGCAAUUUUGAAAAGAAAUCCUGAUUUUAAAAUCAUUUCAAAAAAAAAAAAAUAUAUCAAAUAUAAAUGCUGAAGAUCUGUCUGGAAUCGAACCAGUCACAAAAGAAAAUAUAAUAAAAUAUAAAUUUGCUCCAAUUACUUCCUGUGACGUUGAAAAAAGCUUUUCCGCGUACAAAAUGAAUUUUGGAGAGAAACGUCAGAGCCUCUUAAUAAAUAAUUUAGAGAAAAUUUUAGUUGUUUACUGCAAUACAAAUUAUUUCUAAUAAAUUUUAAGCCUUUAUUAUAUCGUAUGUUUUAAGUAUGUAGUUUAAUAGCAAAAAAUAGUU